AUGUUGGUCAAAGGGGCAUCCAACUAUUAUCUGCCAGGAGACUACCUGAUCAGUGGCAUCAUUUCUUCACAAUAUUUUUGGUAUCAGCAAACCUAUGGCUUUUAUGAGUCACCAGGCAAGCAGGGGGAGAGUUCCUCAUUUCUAGGGUACUGGUACAUGUUGUCCUUCGCGUUUUCUAUCCAUGAAGUCAACCAGAAUCCCAGCCUCUUACCCAACAUCAGCCUGGGCUAUGACAUCUUUGAGAGCCAUUUUGAUGCCAGAACGACUUCCUAUGCCAUGCUUGGCGUGCCUGCUGGUGGAAAACGCCACCUUCCAAACUUUUAUUGUGGUAAGAAGAACCUGUUGGCCAUUCUUGAAGGAACUGAAUCGGACAUCUCAUCUCUUAUUUCGGCCAUGUCAGGCAUCUACAAGAUUCCUCAGGUGGUGCCUCGUUCCAGGUGUGUAGAGAGCUGUCACCCUGGUUCUGCCAAGGAGACUCAGGAAGGGAAGCUGCCCUGCUGCUAUGCUUGUGCCCCGUGUGCAGAAGGGACCGUCUCCACUCAGGAAGAUACAGAGCAGUGCAGAAGGUGUUCUGAAGAUCAGCACCCAAACAAGAACCGAGAUCAUUGUGUCCCCAAGAGAAUUACCUUCCUUUCCUAUGAGGAACCUUUGGGGAUUCUCCUGGCUUCCUUAGCCCUAAUAUGGCUUUUCAGCUCAGGCAUUACAUUUGGAAUCUUCAUUAAAUUCCGACAGACUCCAGUCAUCAAAGCCAACAACAGGAACCUCUCCUACAUUCUCCUCGUCUCCCUCCUGCUUUCCUUCCUGUCUUCCUUCCUGUUCAUCGGACAGCCAAGCAAAAUGACUUGCCUGCUCCAACAAACAGCCUUCAGCAUUAUCUUCUCAGUUGCCACCUUGAGUGUUUUGGCCAAAACCAUCACUGUGGUGCUGGCCUUCCUGGCCACCAAGCCAGGGAACAGGGUGAAGAGAUGGCUGGGGAAGAGUUUGGCCUACUCCAUUGUCAUUUCAUCUUCCAGUGUCCAGGUCAUUAUCUGCUCCAUCUGGCUGUGCAUCUCUCCACCCUUCCCAGAUGCUGACAUGCACUCACAGCCAGGACAAGUCCUCCUGCAGUGCAAUGAAGGGUCUGUGGCCUUGUUCUACACUGCUCUCAGCUACAUGGGCUUGCAGGCUGCCAUCUGCUUCAUUGUGGCUUUCCUGGCCAGGAAGCUGUCGGGAGCCUUCAAUGAAGCCAAGCUGAUCACCUUCAGCAUGCUGGUCUUCUGCAGUGUCUGGGUGUCCUUUGUACCCUCUUACCUCAGCACCAAGGGGAAGUACAUUGUUGCUGUGCAGGUCUUCUCCAUCUUGGCCUCCAGUAUUGGGCUGCUGGGUUGCAUCUUUCUUCCCAAGUGCUACAUCAUUGUCCUGAGGCCUGAUCUGAAUACAAAGGAACAUCUCAUGAUCAAAACCAAAGAAACCUUCUGA